AUAGGCUCCACCAGCGGCUCCUAUAAACAUGUUGUUGACGCCACAGCCAGUCAGAUACCUGGUCGGCCCGCACCGUCCCUCUGGCGCGCUCCAGGAGAACAAGCAUGUUUGCAGACAGACAACGGCUGCUGCUGCUGCUGUUGCGAGCUGAACUGAGCAUCUGUGCCUUUAAAGACUUGUAAGUGCGCUUCUAUCAGAGCCCGCAGUCAACUUCCCACAACUCCGACGCGCUCCGGCGAGUAGAGUAGAGCAGAGCCACCUUACGCGUAAAAGGCACUGAGCUCACCUUCACAGCUAGACCCAUGGAAUAAUAACUAUGGAAUACCACUGGAUACUGCUGUCUGUCUUUUUACAGCUGACCUUCCGUCCAGGCGACACAAAGCCCAUUAUCACUCCUGUCCAGUCCUACCUUGUGGUCCCGCUCAACGAAGCCUUCGACCUGCGUUGCAAAGGUGAGAGCAGGACGCAGUGGAGGCGGGAGGACCGGCCUAAGCCGCUGAGAGCGAAGGAGAUCGAUGGGAUGUGGACGUUGCACUACCCCAAGGCUCUCCCUCUUCACAUGGGACGCUACAUCUGCCAGGACGAGAGCUCCAAGGAGCAAGCCUCCAUCUACGUCUAUGUGAAAGAUCCUGAAAAUCCUUUCAGAAAACCAAUGGUGUUCAACAUUCUCACUCGUGAAGGAGAGACUGCUUCCAUUCCCUGCCUGGCAACGGAUCCAAGUUUGGAAAAUCUGCGCUUGGAAACAUGCUCAAGUGGAGCUCUGGCCUCUGGUCUCCAGUAUUCUGCAAGCCUGGAGCAAGGCAUCGUCAUUCGCAACACACAAAACGCCUACGAAGGUUGCUACGUGUGCACGGGAACACUCAUGGGAAGGAGCGUCACGUCACAUGACUACUACCUGACAGUGAAACCAGUACCCGCUACCCCUCCUGUAAUCGAGAUGCAGCUGUCUGGAAGAGUGAUUCUUACACGGGAUGAGAGUCUUUCCCUCACCUGCAACACCACUAAUGUCAAUGGAGAAAUCCAUUUGAAGUGGGUCACCCCACCUGGCUCGGGUGCCGUCUGGUAUCCACAGCAACCAGCAAAGGUUGACGGUGCUUCACGAAUCCUGACCGAGCACUUCACACACAUGCGCAGCGCCACACUGGAAAUUGCAGCGGUGAGGCCGCAAGAUGCCGGGAGCUACAAAUGUGAAGCUAGGAACGAGAAAGGGACCAGCACCAAGUCAGUGUGGCUCGAUGUUUAUGAGAGAGGAUUCAUCAGUUUAACACCCACAAACAACAAGACCAUCCACGUCCGUUCCGGCGAGAGUUUCUCUCUGAGAGUCAACAUGGAGGCUUAUCCAAAGCCUCACACCUUCUCCUGGAGCUUCAUGGACCAAGAGCUGAGAAACACAAGCGACCACGUCAUCACCACACACAGUAAUGCAUACAGUUACAGCAGUGAGCUGAGGCUGGUGCGGCUGAAAAUGUCAGAGGGUGGAGUUUAUACCUUCCAAGCCUCCAAUGGUGACGCUUCAGUAAAUCAGACUUUCACCAUCUUUGUAAUCAGUAAGCCUGAGAUUGUAUCUCAUGAGGGCCCAGUGGAUGGACAGGUCCGCUGUGUGGCUGAGGGGUUUCCUGCCCCCCAGAUCACCUGGUACUACUGUGAGCAGCCGUACGUCAGGUGCUCCCAGCAGACGAACGCCACCCAGGAGGAGAACAAUGUCAUCACCAUCACGUUGUUCAGCCCCAUGUUCGGGAAGACGGAGGUGGAGAGUCGGGUGAACAUCAGCAGGGGACGGUUCAACACCCUGGAAUGUGUAGCCACCGUGGAGGGCGAGCAAGCUUACACACUCUUCUCCAUUAGUGAGAGAAGAGUUCCUCAUGACCUGUUCUCCCCUCUGCUAAUUGGCUCUGUAUCAGCAGCAUGCAUCCUCUGCAUCGUCCUUAUCAUGCUAUUCUACAAGUACAUGCAGAAACCCAAAUACCAGAUUCAGUGGAAAGUCAUUGAGGGAAUCCACGGGAACAACUAUGUGUACAUUGACCCCACCCAGCUCCCAUACGAUCACCAGUGGGAGUUUCCUCGAAACAACUUGCGUUUUGGGAAGACGCUGGGAUCUGGUGCAUUUGGGAAAGUGGUGGAAGCCACUGCAUAUGGACUCUCCAAAGCAGAUUCAGUCAUGACGGUGGCUGUGAAAAUGCUCAAAUCAAGUGCUCAUGCCACAGAGAAAGAGGCGUUGAUGUCAGAGCUGAAAGUCCUCAGUUACUUGGGAAACCACAUGAAUAUUGUCAACCUGCUGGGAGCUUGCACUGUUGGAGGACCUACACUAGUGAUCACGGAGUACUGCUGCUUCGGAGACCUGCUCAACUUUCUGCGCAGAAAGAGAGAAUCCUUCAUCUGCUAUAAGCUUGAGGAAGACUACUACUACCGCAACGUCAUGCAGCAGAGAGUCGCAGAUGGUGACAGCUUGAAUGGCUACAUGACCAUGAGGCCUUCUGUUGCUGGCAACCAACCCCUCGGCUCAUCCUCCGAGAAGAGACGCUCGCUACGCAAAGGUGGCUCCUACGUCGAGGCAGAUGCUGAGAGCGAUAUGUUCGAAGAAGACGGUCUGUCUCUAGACAACGAAGACCUUCUCAGCUUCUCGUACCAAGUGGCCAAAGGCAUGGAGUUCUUAGCCUCCAAAAAUUGUAUUCACAGAGACCUGGCUGCCAGAAAUAUCCUGCUGACUCAAGGGAGAGUAGCGAAAAUCUGCGAUUUCGGCCUGGCACGGGACAUCACCACAGACUCCAACUACGUGGUUAAAGGCAAUGCUCGUCUGCCAGUGAAAUGGAUGUCUCCAGAAAGUAUCUUUGAGUGUGUGUAUACAUUCGAGAGUGACGUCUGGUCCUAUGGCAUUUUGCUUUGGGAGAUCUUCUCACUAGGAAACAGUCCUUAUCCUGGUAUGCCUGUGGAUGCCAAGUUCUACAAACUGAUAAAAGAAGGAUACAGGAUGGAUUCUCCAGAGUUUGCACCCAGUGAAAUGUAUCAGAUUAUGAAGUCCUGCUGGGAUGUGGAUCCCUUCAGCAGACCCCCUUUCAGGAAAGUGGUGGAAAGGAUUGAACAACAGCUUUCAGAUGCCACUAAGCAUAUUUAUCUGAACUUCAGCUCCAGGCCUCCUGUGACACCCAGAGCAAGGGAGGAACCCGGUUCUCAGAGCGCUGCGUUUUGCCAUCUCGACUCAGCCGGUGGCAAUAGCACUCCGACCCAGCCCUUACUGGUCCAGCACGAGGUCUUCCUGGAGGGGACAACACUCACAGCCCACCGGGUGUAAGGACCCACCCGACCUGUCUGGCUGCCUCAUAAAGUGCCUGUAAUGUUCCGCCACAAACCACCCAACCACUACAACCGCCCACCGCCCCGGUACCAGCAGCAUUUAUUGUGUCGUGUUGCAGACUGAAUGGUAAAUUGCCAUGUAGUAACAGAAAGAAUGACAAAGGACUUUUGUCUUUGCUAUCACCUUUAAUGUACACUAAUUACAAGGAGGAGACUUGGACUAAUGCUCCUGUGCUCACAGCACAAAGACCUGUAAAGGAACCAGGGGAGGGUGGCAGGACUUCAACUGUUACUCUAAAUCUUUCAUUAAGUUCAUUAUUACACUGUUAUCUGUUUUGUUAUUUUUCAGUUACAUGUUUCCGACACAUUUUUUGUCUUUUUGUUUUUUUGUUUGUUUUUUUUUUUUUUUUUGAAAAACCAUAUUCUGUUUUCUUUCUAUCUAUCUAUUGGAGGUUUAUUUUCCUUUUUACAUUUUGUGUUUUGUUAUUCUUUGUUAUUUUUCUGUCAUGGAGAUUGAUGUAGAGUUUUUAUUUUUUGGUUGGCCGUUGCAGUUGUUGGAGGAAAAAAAAAAAAAGCACUCGAGGCACUUGAACUUCACAUCGUUCCAUACACCAUAUAAUGCAGCUUUCUUUAUUUUUUUGGAAACUCUUUUAUUGUCAGUAUUAUUUCCACCUGUUCAGAUGUACAUCAUAUGAAGGACACACUUUUCGGGGGCCAAUUUAAAUUGAGUUAUUGAGACACUGCUAUAUAAGCUAUAAGACAGCAUGGUUGGCCAUGCUUAGAGUCCAUAAGUGCUUCAGGUUGAUUAGGAAAUACUUAAAUGCUCUUUUAUGUAGGAUGUCACUAUGUAGAGAGCAAAUAACCGUCUUCACUGGACCUUAUUACAUACCAUGAAUCAGUGCAUGAUUCCCUCAACACACACAGUUGUCUUCAGAGAUAUGGUAUAGACAUGGUACGCUAGCUUUUCAUUUAUUUUCUUGUUGACUGUAUAUGUGUACAUAUCUGUAGGUGAUGCUCUGCAAGGAGAUGUGAGUCACGACAAAGAGAACAGUCUGUGAAGUCUUAGUGUUCGUCUUGGCUUUGUUACAUACACAGGUCAUUUUUGACUGCUGGAAAAAGAGUUUUUUUUCUUGUAAAGGUGUAAAUAAAUCAGGUUCAUAUAGUUCCUCUCCUGCCACAUCCAGUGUAUGAUAUUUGUUUACAAGCAUGAGACAGGUACUGCCAUUUCUCAGAUGUGUUUUCUGUUCACCUUCACGAAGGACAAGAAAAUAGGAAUCUUUGUGUUGUGGCUGACAGGCAGUUGGUCUGUUUUCAGCACCCGUGCUAGCUGUAGUUCUCUGUUGUACAGUAUAUAUCACGAAUAAAGUCAAGGCGACGCUCAUGUGAAAUGCCAUUAAGUGGACUGCAGUAAUCCCUGAGGUGACAAGGCAGAGGAAAACGGAGGCUCUUCAACUGCUCUCUGUUCACAUGUCGACACUGAGGACAGAGCUCGUUGUGUCGGUCAUCUCAUUGUUCUCCAGCCAGUAGCUGGUUUUCCUCUUCUUCUUUGUGUCCAGCUGUUUCCUCCCUCAGAAGUGGGACUUUCAGCACCUCUCAGCCAGUAGUCUGUGUCAGUUCAGGCCUUUCUGAAUCCCUUCUUCCCACUGGUGGAUGUUGUUCUGAAGAGCACCAGGAAAGUGUCCUGUUUGUGUGUGUGAGUGAACUUACAUGUGAUUGAGUGGUUGUGUGGGUGCAUGUCUGUGUGAUUGCAUAAUUAAAAGAAUUACUGUCAAGAGGUGCCACUACUAAAGAUUCAUCAAGUCCUUUAGGCUACUAAAACCCCACAGUCUUACUGCUUUGUCUUUUUGUAAAUAUGAAUGUGCGUUUAUUGUAAAGUAACGUUGAUGCUUUUGAAGAUGUUUAUCUUAAUGAAGAUAUGGUACAAUGAUGCAGAAAAUUUUAUUAUGCUGUAUUUUCUUAUGUGUGCACAGAUUUCCUACUGUAGAUUCGACCGGGGAAGCUGCUUGUGUCUCUAUCACCAUGGUUACUUUAACAGAAGAUUCACUAAUGUUUUUAAUUUUGGCUUAAUCGUCCUUUCAGACAGUUUUGCCAGUUCACUUGAGAACUGCUGAGCUGCUUCUAAAGGCUCGUAAAACGAUGAUCAGUAUUCACGGCAAUAUCAGUAAAUAUGAUACUACUAAAUUCUACCGCCAGGCAGGAAGGAGGUGUCUCAGAAUAAUAGAGAUUAUUUUUUCAUUUCUCUGCUCCCCUACCAUUUGAGAGCUUCCCUGCAUUUUGCUGCAUAUUUAUUAAAAGCAUUAGAAUUACUGUGUAAAUUUGAUGUGUUGCUAUUACAUGUGUCAAUGUAAAUAAAACUGUGUAUAUUGAAUUCCCAA